AUGAUUAGCAGAAGUGAUCUACAAAUUGAUCUACAUGUAUUGCGUGACAUUCUUGACAUUGUUAACAUAAUUGACAUUAAUGACAUUCUUGACAUUAAUGACAUUAUCGACAUUGUUGAUAUAUUUA